AUGGAGCAAGGACGGAGCGAACGAAGCUUUACUUUGCCCAUGCGUGUGCUCUGCACCUGCUGCACCCGUGGGGUGAGGUGGAGGUGUGAGAGGGAGUGGUUGAUGGGUUGGAAGAGGAGGAACUUGGAGAGGGAUGAUGUCGUAUGUGGAAGGGGACUAAAGCUGCGGAAAGAGUGUGUCGAGCUGAGCCGCGGCGCGGUAAGCGUGUGUCGGGAUGCGUUGCUUCGAUUGGGGGCUGGCCACCUUCGAUUGGGGUUUCUCAUCCUCCCGCUUGCCCAACCGUUGGCUCCUCCUCCCUGGCCACUUUACUUCAGUACCCUAUUCCUGGUAACUCCUCUUUCCGUCUCUGACGCCCUCCUGAUCAGCACUCCUCUUUUCGUCAACGUUGGACGUGAGUGCAACGCCCACGGCCGCCUUCUCUGCAUGCGAGUGCAACGCCCACGGCCGCCUUCUCUGCAUGCGAGUGCAACGCCCACGGCCGCCUUCUCUGCAUGCGAGUGCAACGCCCACGGCCGCCUUCUCUGCAUGCGAGUGCAACGCCCACGGCCGCCUUCUCUGCAUGCGAGUGCAACGCCCACGGCCGCCUUCUCUGCAUGCGAGUGCAACGCCCACGGCCGCCUUCUCUGCAUGCGAGUGCAACGCCCACGGCCGCCUUCUCUGCAUGCGAGUGCAACGCCCACGGCCGCCUUCUCUGCAUGCGAGUGCAACGCCCACGGCCGCCUUCUCUGCAUGCGAGUGCAACGCCCACGGCCGCCUUCUCUGCAUGCGAGUGCAACGCCCACGGCCGCCUUCUCUGCAUGCGAGUGCAACGCCCACGGCCGCCUUCUCUGCAUGCGAGUGCAACGCCCACGGCCGCCUUCUCUGCAUGCGAGUGCAACGCCCACGGCCGCCUUCUCUGCAUGCGAGUGCAACGCCCACGGCCGCCUUCUCUGCAUGCGAGUGCAACGCCCACGGCCGCCUUCUCUGCAUGCGAGUGCAACGCCCACGGCCGCCUUCUCUGCAUGCGAGUGCAACGCCCACGGCCGCCUUCUCUGCAUGCGAGUGCAACGCCCACGGCCGCCUUCUCUGCAUGCGAGUGCAACGCCCACGGCCGCCUUCUCUGCAUGCGAGUGCAACGCCCACGGCCGCCUUCUCUGCAUGCGAGUGCAACGCCCACGGCCGCCUUCUCUGCAUGCGAGUGCAACGCCCACGGCCGCCUUCUCUGCAUGCGAGUGCAACGCCCACGGCCGCCUUCUCUGCAUGCGAGUGCAACGCCCACGGCCGCCUUCUCUGCAUGCGAGUGCAACGCCCACGGCCGCCUUCUCUGCAUGCGAGUGCAACGCCCACGGCCGCCUUCUCUGCAUGCGAGUGCAACGCCCACGGCCGCCUUCUCUGCAUGCGAGUGCAACGCCCACGGCCGCCUUCUCUGCAUGCGAGUGCAACGCCCACGGCCGCCUUCUCUGCAUGCGAGUGCAACGCCCACGGCCGCCUUCUCUGCAUGCGAGUGCAACGCCCACGGCCGCCUUCUCUGCAUGCGAGUGCAACGCCCACGGCCGCCUUCUCUGCAUGCGAGUGCAACGCCCACGGCCGCCUUCUCUGCAUGCGAGUGCAACGCCCACGGCCGCCUUCUCUGCAUGCGAGUGCAACGCCCACGGCCGCCUUCUCUGCAUGCGAGUGCAACGCCCACGGCCGCCUUCUCUGCAUGCGAGUGCAACGCCCACGGCCGCCUUCUCUGCAUGCGAGUGCAACGCCCACGGCCGCCUUCUCUGCAUGCGAGUGCAACGCCCACGGCCGCCUUCUCUGCAUGCGAGUGCAACGCCCACGGCCGCCUUCUCUGCAUGCGAGUGCAACGCCCACGGCCGCCUUCUCUGCAUGCGAGUGCAACGCCCACGGCCGCCUUCUCUGCAUGCGAGUGCAACGCCCACGGCCGCCUUCUCUGCAUGCGAGUGCAACGCCCACGGCCGCCUUCUCUGCAUGCGAGUGCAACGCCCACGGCCGCCUUCUCUGCAUGCGAGUGCAACGCCCACGGCCGCCUUCUCUGCAUGCGAGUGCAACGCCCACGGCCGCCUUCUCUGCAUGCGAGUGCAACGCCCACGGCCGCCUUCUCUGCAUGCGAGUGCAACGCCCACGGCCGCCUUCUCUGCAUGCGAGUGCAACGCCCACGGCCGCCUUCUCUGCAUGCGAGUGCAACGCCCACGGCCGCCUUCUCUGCAUGCGAGUGCAACGCCCACGGCCGCCUUCUCUGCAUGCGAGUGCAACGCCCACGGCCGCCUUCUCUGCAUGCGAGUGCAACGCCCACGGCCGCCUUCUCUGCAUGCGAGUGCAACGCCCACGGCCGCCUUCUCUGCAUGCGAGUGCAACGCCCACGGCCGCCUUCUCUGCAUGCGAGUGCAACGCCCACGGCCGCCUUCUCUGCAUGCGAGUGCAACGCCCACGGCCGCCUUCUCUGCAUGCGAGUGCAACGCCCACGGCCGCCUUCUCUGCAUGCGAGUGCAACGCCCACGGCCGCCUUCUCUGCAUGCGAGUGCAACGCCCACGGCCGCCUUCUCUGCAUGCGAGUGCAACGCCCACGGCCGCCUUCUCUGCAUGCGAGUGCAACGCCCACGGCCGCCUUCUCUGCAUGCGAGUGCAACGCCCACGGCCGCCUUCUCUGCAUGCGAGUGCAACGCCUAUGCCUACGGCGGCCUGGCCUUCCAUCCCCUUCUACAGCAAGGCAUGGUCGGAGUUGAGGAGAUGGAGGGAGCGCGGUGCGGUGGGGUGCGGUGCCAGCAGACGGCAGCAGUGGAGGGAGGAGGAUGGAGCAGCAGCUGCCACCAGAGACGCCCUACUUUCAGAAGGGAGUAUGGGGCUGAUGGGAACCACUUCGUUAGUCGUGGCAUGGCGGGAGAGGAUGGCAGCAGCAUGAGAGGCGCGGCAGCAUACUCGGGAGGGAGGAUAAAGGCGGGACACGGCAUGGCGGAUUGGAGAGCUGGAGAGGACAGCAGCAGCACGAGAGGCGCGGCAGCGUACUCGGGAGGGGGGAUGGAGGGCGGUUGGCGCGCGGAGGAGGAUGGAGCGCCGUCUGCCACCAGCAACGACUUCUUUCACAAGGGAGUAUGGGGACGCGGCAUGGCGGAUUGGAGAGCUGGAGAGGACAGCAGCAGCACGAGAGGCGCGGCAGCGUACUCGGGAGGGGGGAUGGAGAGCGGUUGGCGCGCGGAGGAGGAUGGAGCGCCGUCUGCCACCAGCAACGGCUUCUUUCACAAGGGAGUAUGGGGAUCUGGUGAGGACUGGACAGCCCUGGAGGAGCGGCAAGAGCGCAUGGAGCAGCAUGGUGGCUGCACCACCGCCAGCACCGGGAGUGCCAACACCAGCAGCACCAGCAUGGGGAGUGACAACAGCAGCACGAGGAGUGACAACAGCAGCACGAGGAGUGACAACAGCAGCACGAGGAGUGACAACAGCAGCACGAGGAGUGACAACAGCAGCGCCAACAUCAGCCCCGGCGGCACCAGGCUAAGGGUCCCAAACGAUGGCCUCCACCUCACCGUGGUGUUUGGGUGUAACGUCAGGGGCAACCCUGGCGGCCAAGAGGGGCCCUACCAAGGAAGCAAGGAAGACCCCUCCAAGUGCAAUGGCACUAGCCACCUUCGCGGAAGCAUCAUGGCAUAUGACGCCGAUCAGGAGGCGUUACGCGGCGUCGCGUACGUGCCGCUAGAGAUCGAGGAUCCGCCGGAGCCGGCGAACAGUAGACGUGCGACUGCCAGGGACCCACGCCAACGUUCUUCUACCGGAUUAGGGUUUCGUAGCAAACGUGAUUAUAACGAGUUUCACGAGUUUCAUGAGUUCCAAGCCGCUCUGGACCAGGACAGUCAAGCCCGUACUCCAUCAGAAAGCCGUCUCCAAACCUCAAACCUGCAGCACAGGCUUGGAGCUGCUGAAAUUGACGUACAUCCGAACCUGAACAGCAGGUUCGGUGCGGCCGAGCUUGACGUGCAGCUCGGCCCGCCGGACCUGACAGAGGAGGGAGCGAGAGAAGAAGUGGGCGAAGAUUGGCGAAGAGUUGGCGACGUGGACGGGUUCAUGCGAGGCGUGUACGAGUACUACUGCGGGCGAGGCUUCGUGUGCAUGGUCACGAGUGUGAGUGACGACGUCCCUAUGGCUACCGGUGCUCGUCAACUCUCCGCUCCCAUCCUCCAUUUCCCUCUCGCAAGCUCCCUGGCCUUCACCAUCCUCUUCUCCGCGCUGCUGCUGCUCCUCAUCGACUGGCGCGCGCUCCUCUCGCUCAACUGCUCCGCCGCCUCCGCCGCCGCCGCAGCCGCCGCCAUCUCCGCCGCUCCCCACGCUACUCCCGCUGCUGCCACCAGCGGUGGAUUCGCGGCGACGGGGGCGGGUGAGCGUCCCGCUGUGCGGACACUGGCGGAGACGCGGGGCGAAAGGGAGUGGCGCGAGGGACGUCCGUACGAGCGAGAUGGGGAGAGAAGCACACAGGGUAGGGGUGCAGGGGCAAUGAACGGUGUUGGGCCAGACACGAUUGUAAAUAGUCCUGUAUAUAGAGGCUCAUACGUAGGUGUAUAUAGUGGUGGGGAUGGGUCGAGAGUCGAAGCAGGCGCGCUGCAGGAUGCGAUAAUCCCUGGGGAGCGGAGGAGGAGGCUUGUACAGGGGAGCGCAGCAGAGGAGAGAGUAGCAGCGGGAACGGAAGCAGAGAGGGGGUUAGCAGGGGAGAGGGUAGUGGUGGAGGGGAGAGUAGCAGAGGGCGCAGCAGAGGGUGCAGCAGAGGCGGCGAUGCAUGAAGCGGAGGGGGCAGCGGAGGGCGCAUGCAACGUGCUGAAGCACGCCAUAAGGAGGGACGUGUUCCGGCGUGUGACUGUGUGGGAGGUGACAGUAACGGCGUACCUGGCGCUGCUGUGCCUGUACUGGCUCCUCUGCUUCGCGCACUUUUUCCUGCGCCUCCCCGCGCUGCUGGAAACGCGCGCCCUCUUCCACCACAGGUUGCGCCUGUCGGACCAUCAGCUGCUCAUGACGCCCUGGCCCGCCGUGGUGGCGCGCCUGGUGCGCGCGUGGAAUGACGAGGGCGCGGGGGAGAUGGGGGAGAGUGCGGGGGAGCGUGCAGGUGGCGGAGGGGAGGAGGAUUCCAGCGAGGACGAGGAGGAGGGGGAGCAGCCACAGGAAAAGGGAGAGCGGGGUCUGGGGCAAUGGUUGGAGGCAGAUGCAGCAGGGGGAGGAGGGAUUUCAGGAAUGGGAGUGGUGCGAGGGAUAGGAGGGCGAGGGGCAGGCAGGAUGUGCGGAGGCAGGGCGCGGGUGGGGGGGCUGUCAGCGUACGAGGUGGCGGCGCGCAUCACACGGCGAGACAACUACCUGGUGGCGCUCGUGGACUCGCGCCUGCUCACUGUGCGCGUGCCUGCUGCCGGGGGGGGACAUGCAGGAUCGGGAAGCACAGGUGCUGCGCUCGCUGCUGCGCUGCUGAGUGCCGUGGGGCCGCUGCUGUCCUUCCACGUGGUGCAUGAGAGGAGGCGGCGCAAGGGAAGGACGGGGCGAGGGGAGGAGCGAGAGGAGGAGAGGGAGGAGGGGUGUGUGCGGGUGACGGUGCUGAGCAAGACGCUGGAGUGGGUGGUGCACUGGUGUGUGCUGCACCCCUUGCUGGACCGCCACGGUCGCCUGCACAAACACUUCCUGGACGACCCUGCAGCGCUGCGGCAAAGAUUUAUCCUCUCGGGGUGGCUGCUGGCGCUGCUGUCGCCGUUUGUGCUGCUCUUUGUGCUCUCCUUCUUCCUGCUCCGCAAGGCCCACCACCUCUACCAUGAGCCUGCUGCUGCGGGCGUGCGCUCCUGGUCCAACCUCGCUCGCUGGAUGUUCAAGGAGUACAAUGAGGUGGACCAUCUGACCUCGCAGCGCCUGGACGAGGCAUGCCCGCGCGCGGACGAGUACCUGGCGCAGUUCCCCUCGCCGCUGCUCGCCCUGGCCGCCAAGCUCCUCUCCUUUGUUGCUGGCUCCUUGGCUGCUCUGCUGCUCGCCUUGGCUCUCGCGGAUGAGAAGCUGCUGGAAGCGCAGCUCUUUGGGCGCGGCCUGGUGUGGUACGCGGCCAUACUGGGCGCGGUGCUGGCAGCAGCACGGCCGGUGGCGCAGGCGGACAGGGCGGCGGGCAGUGUGGAUCCCAAGGGCGCGCUGCUGAGGGCCGCAAGGCACACACACUUCCUGCCCACCCGGUGGCGCAGCAAGGCGCACACACAGAGAGUCAGGGACGAAUUUCAGACGCUCUACCAGGUGAAAGUGUGUUGUGUGGGGCGUGUGCUUUCUGAAGCCGCUGCUCUUCCUCGCGGACGUGCUCGCCAUCUUCACCACGCCGCUCAUGCUCUGGUUCAUCCUGCCCCAGGUAUUGCCUCCCCCCGCCCUGCUACAUUCCUCUUCCUGCCCCCUCCAUCCCACUGUUUCCCUCCAUCCCAUUCUUCAUCCCUCCCUUUCCCCAUCCGGCUCCUCGUAUCCACCCGAACUCCGUCUCAUAUGACUGCCGUCACCUCUCGUCACCUUUCUCGUCUUAGUCUGCCCUUGUCUACCCCAUCGGCCCACCUGCCAAUCCCGCAGAGGGCGGACGCCAUUCUCGCCUUCCUGCGCACCGCCUCCACGUACCAGGAGGGGCUGGGCCACGUGUGCUCCCACAGUGCGUUCCAGUCACAGGGGGAGCGGCGUGCCAGCAGCAGCGGGAAGAGUGCAUGGAAUGCGGAUUCCAAGGGUGAUGAUGGCGCAAGCGGCAGUGGCCAAGGGGGAGAUCACCGUGCUGCCUCCACCCCCCCAUCCCCUCUCCCUGCUCUCGCUUCCCCACCACCGCAUUCACCGCAAGCUCUCCUUGCCCCAGUGGCCACUGCAUACGCUGCCCCUCUGCAAUCACCCUCUCACUGUCACCACCCUGUACAGUCACCAUUAAGUAUACCAAUUCACUCUGCAGCAGUGCCUCGAGUGGCAAGCGGUGCAGAGGGGUCGCAGUGGGUGCUGCAGCGGGGCAUGCAGCCCACCCGUAGCCUCAGCUGCAGUGAUGGUGUGUGGGAGGGGAUGGGCGAGGGGGAUGGUGUGAGGGAAGGGAAUGGCAUGGGUGCAAGCGAUGGCGUGGGUGAUGGCGACGGCAUGGGUAGCAGCAUGCUGUUAGAGCAGAUGGAUGAUGCCAUGCAUGGCAACUUGCAUGCGGGCAUGCAUGGGAGUCUGUAUGGCGGUAUGCAUGGGGGCAUACAUGAAGGGAUGCAUGCAAGAGGCAGUAUCACAUGGGGGGAUGCGCAAGGAGGGCCGGAGCCCCAGCAAGAAGCACACAGGCAGCAGCAGCUGCCACUGCACCGCAUUGUGGCAGCUGCUUCUCCAAGUGUUACUCGAGUAACAUGCAGCCCUAGUGCAGAUGCUGUGUAUGCAGCCCAUGUGGGAGGGGUGGUGGUGCAUGCAGUGGCUCCCUCUGCUGUAGUUGCUUGGAGAGGAAGGACAACAGGAGUAGGUGUGGCGGGUGCAGCAGGUGCAGCGGGUGCAGUAGGUGCAGUAGGUGCAGCAGGCGGGGAAGCAAGAGCACAAGGAGCAUCAGGUGCAUGUGUAUCAGCAGGUGCAAGGAGAGAGGAUCCCUUGGUUACGUUGCAGAAAGGGGACUCUCCGCCGCUGCCCUUUGCAGACAUCUUUACUCUUGACUCUGACUGA